UCUGCCGGGAGAAGUCUGAGGCAGCACUCGCGGGUCCCGUGGCGGUUCCAGCGUCAGAGCUGGCUGGGCAAGCGUUGGUCGCCGACAUGACGCCUGAGAACUCGGAAGAGUCCCAUCCGCUCCUGAGGCCGCCGGGCGGCAGCUCUCCCUGCGGUCGCCGCGUCUUCCUCGCCGCCUUCGCUGCUGCCCUGGGCCCGCUCAGCUUCGGCUUCGCGCUCGGCUACAGCUCCCCGGCCAUCCCGAGCCUGCGGCGCGCCGCGCCCCCGGCCCCGCGCCUCGACGACAGCACCGCCUCCUGGUUCGGGGCCAUCGUGACCCUGGGCGCCGCAGCGGGGGGCGUGCUGGGCGGCUGGCUCGUGGACUGCGCCGGGCGCAAACUCAGCCUCCUGCUCUGCACGGUGCCCUUUGUGGCUGGCUUUGCCGUCAUCACCGCCGCCCAGGACGUGUGGAUGCUGCUCGGGGGCCGUCUCCUCACCGGCCUGGCCUGCGGCGUCGCCUCUCUAGUGGCCCCGAUCUAUAUCUCUGAAAUUUCCUACCCAGCAGUCCGUGGACUGCUCGGCUCCUGUGUGCAGCUGAUGGUCGUCAUAGGCAUCCUCUUGGCCUACCUGGCAGGCCGAGUCCUAGAGUGGCGCUGGCUGGCCGUGCUGGGCUGUGUGCCCCCCUCUUUUAUGCUGCUGCUUAUGUGCUGCAUGCCAGAGACCCCACGCUUUCUCCUGACUCAGCACAAGCGCCAGGAGGCCAUGGCUGCCCUACAGUUCCUGUGGGGCUCCGAACAGGGCUGGGAAGAGCCCUGUGUGGAGUCUGAGCACCAGGUUUUUCAGCUGGCCCUCCUGAGACACCCUGGCAUCUACAAGCCCUUCCUCAUUGGCAUUUCACUGAUGGCCUUCCAGCAGCUGUCAGGUAUCAACGCCAUCAUGUUCUAUGCAGAGACCAUUUUUGAGGAGGCCAAGUUCAAGGACAGCAGCCUGGCCUCAGUCAUCAUGGGCACCAUCCAGGUGCUGUUCACAGCUGUGGCAGCCCUCAUCAUGGACAAAGCUGGGCGGAGGCUACUCCUGGCCUUGUCAGGUGUGGUCAUGGUGUUCAGCACAAGCGCCUUCGGCACCUACUUCAAGCUGACUCAGGAUGGCUCCAACAACUCCUCACAUGUGGACCUCUUGGCGCCUGUCUCUACAGAACCUGUUGACACUAGUGUGGGGCUGGCCUGGUUGGCCGUGGGCAGCAUGUGUCUCUUCAUUGCUGGCUUUGCAGUAGGCUGGGGGCCCAUCCCCUGGCUCCUCAUGUCUGAGAUCUUUCCUCUGCAUGUUAAGGGCGUGGCCACCGGCGUCUGUGUCCUUACCAACUGGCUUAUGGCCUUUCUGGUGACUAAAGAGUUCAACAACCUCAUGGAGGUCCUGAGGCCAUAUGGAGUCUUCUGGCUUGCCUCUGCCUUCUGCAUCUUCGGUGUCCUUUUCACUUUGUUCUGGGUCCCUGAAACCAAAGGAAAGACUUUGGAGCAAAUCACAGCUCAUUUUGAGGGGCGAUGACAGCCCCUUUCUGUGAGUGGUGGCCCCUCCUAGCUGGGCUGGCUUUGGGCUUUAGAGGGAGUGGAGCAGCCUGUGACUCUAAGCAGGGCCUCAGCCUGAGCCUGGAACCCCUGACUGUCCCAGGCCCAGGGGAGCUGGCAUUCAGACCACAGCCCCUGGAGCCUGGGUUUCCAGGGCCCUCCUUCCUGUCCAGCUCUCACGGCCCAGCUCCCCAGGCUGGGAGGUUCACCAGCCUCCGGGUCCAGUUUCUGCUGCUACCCUGUGGGCUCAGGAACAUCUGAGGAGGUCUGCAGGCCUGUGGUCAGCCCUUCACACACGUCUCCGUGACACUAAAGCAGCAAGAGAAGAGGAGGGGCCUCUCAGCUCCUGUUUUCAGUGGAGAUGCUUUUGGAGGUUGGGUCCGAGCAUCUGCUUGCUCUUCUCACUGAGCUGCAUUAUCAGGAAGGACUGUUUGCCAAAUAAAAAUUUGAUGCAAAUCAGGUCAUGACCUCUGCAUGAGCCCAUUUGAUGAGGGCUGCCAUUACUUCCAUAAACCUGGCCCUCAGCCCUGCCCAGAACAUCCUAUGUAUCCACCCAGAACCUUGUCACUUCAGAGGUCAUUUCUGAUUCCUUUCUUGGGCACAAUGUCCUCAGUCAUCAAAUCCUGUUGAAUUUCACAAAAAAAAAAAAAAAAAAAAAAUUCUCUUGACUUUAAUAGAGCCAAAAAUCUUUUACAAGUGACUUGUAUUAUUCAUUAUCCAAGUAAUGCAUGUUUAUUGCAGCAAACAGAUUUAUUUAACAUAAGUUAUUUUAUAGGAGUUAACCAUCUGCUAGGUACUGUUCUAAGCAUUUUACAAAUAUUAACUCAUUUAUUUAGAUAAAGAUAAAAUAUUCACAUCUGCCUCUUUCCAAAGAUAACCUCUGUUAAGAUUUUGGUUGCAUCUUGAAAGCUCUCUCCUGCUGCUCAUGUUCUCUGGUGUCACUAAACCACACUUCCCAUUGCACCACUGCUCUGUCCACCUCCCAGGUGCUAUGGCCCAAGCAUGGGCCAGCCUGAGCAUCUCCUGUUAAGGCCUUAAAAGGCGGAGGACAGAAACCUUUGUGAGGGGAGUAGAAGGGCAUUGUGUGCAGAAGGGUGGGAGGGCAAGACCCCAGGGUCAGUUUCCAGAAGAUGCCUCGUCAAUGGCUCUAUUUUCAAUGAUGUGUAUGAAGCAGUGCACAAGACCAUGGACAUCUAAUCAGCUGUGGCAAGAUCCAAAAAGUCCUGGGGCAUUCCAGAAGGAGUUGCACAUGUGGGCAAGAGCACCUUCUGCACCAACACCUGCUAGUCUACAUUUGCAUUCCCAAUAUCUACAGUGAUCGGUUGGGUUAGAACUAGAUUGUUCUUUGUAUCUCAGUGCAGUAACAGUAGCACAGGUCAAGAACUCCUAAUCUGAGAUCUGAAAUCCAAAACUUUAGGGGCACCAACAUGACACAAGCAUCAUGGCACACACCUGUAAGCCCAGCUACUUGCGAGACGGGCAAGAGGAUUUCAAGUUCUAGGCCAGCCUGGGUAGAGUGCUUGCCUAGCAUGCAUGAGGCCCUGGGUUGGAUCCCCAAGACUGCAAAAAGUUUCUGAUUUUGGAGUACUUCAGAUUUUCAGAUUAGGGAUACAUAACUGCUAACUACUCCAAACUUCAAAAACUGAAAUCAGUAAUUUUAGUCCUAACCAUUUCAGUUAAGGGACUCUCAACCUAUACUAGUAAUAUUUUUCUUCCAGUACUGGAGGUUGCACUUGAGAUGUACCACCAAGUAAAAAAUGACAGAUAAAAAUUUGACUCAGAAAAUUAGGCUAUGAGUUAUUUGAGCCCCAAAUUAGGGUAAAUUCCAGUCUCCCUGCCUUUUUUAGGAAUUGAACAUUUUUAAAAUGUACUUUUUUGGACUGGGGUUCUGGCUCAGUGGUA